UUUACCCUCUUCCUUUCCUCCUUUACAAAUUAUCAUGAGUAACGUCUCAGCAUCAAAGCAAAAGCGUUUGGCAGCAAGAGCUGCUAGAGCUGAUAAGAAAGCUUCUAAGGAUGGCAGCCCCAUGAGCACCUCCGGCACCAAUACCCCUAUCACUCCUUUAUCCAACGCUUCUUUGGAAGAUUUGCCUCUUGAUAAGCUCAACAUCAACGUCGCUCGUACAGCCACUGGUGUGUAUACCUCCCAAGAGCGCUCCAGAGAUAUCAAGAUCGAAUCAUACUCUCUCAACUAUCACGGUCGUGUUUUGAUCGACAAUGCCAACAUCGAACUUAACUUUGGUCGACGAUAUGGUUUGAUUGGUGCUAACGGCUCUGGAAAGUCCACUUUCCUUCACUCCCUUGCUGGCAGAGAUAUUGAAAUUCCUGACCACAUUGAUAUCUACUUGUUGAACCAAGAAGCUGAGCCAGAGGAGAAGAACGCCGUCGAAGCUGUCAUUGAAAUGGCUGAGAAGGAAGUUGCUCGUCUCGAAAAGCAAGUUGAGGAAAUUUUGGGUGAAGACGACGGUGCAGACAACCCGGUCUUGGAAGAUAUUUACGAACGUAUCGAAUCCAUGGACCCUGCCACUUUCGAAACCAGAGCUUGUACUUUGUUGUCUGGUCUUGGUUUCACUACUCAACAAAUGGCCAAACAAACCAAGGACAUGUCUGGUGGUUGGAGAAUGAGAGUUGCUCUUGCCCGUGCUCUUUUCAUUAGACCCACUGUUUUGUUGUUGGAUGAACCUACCAACCAUUUGGAUCUUGAAGCCUGUGUGUGGUUGGAAGAAUACUUGAAGACCUACGACCGUAUCUUGGUUAUGGUUUCUCACUCUCAGGAUUUCUUGAACGGUGUCUGCACAAACAUCAUGGACCUGACCCACAAGCGUAAGCUUAUCUACUAUGGUGGUAACUACGACACCUUUGUCAAGACCAAGGAAGAAAACGAAGUCAACCAAGCCAAGGCUUACCAAAAGCAACAAGAUGAAAUUGCUCAUAUCAAGAAGUUCAUUGCUUCCGCUGGUACUUAUGCCAAUUUGGUCAGACAAGCCAAGUCUAAGCAAAAGAUCAUCGACAAGAUGGAGGCUGCUGGUCUUAUUGAGAAGGUUGAACAUCCUCCUCCGUUCAAGUUCGAUUUCACCGAUGUUGACAGACUUCCCCCACCGGUCUGCUCUAUGCAAGAAGUUUCCUUCGCCUACACCGGUCAGAUGAAGGACUGUCUUUACCGUGACCUUGAGUUGGGUGUUGAUAUGGACUCUCGUGUUGCCCUUGUCGGUCCCAAUGGUGCCGGAAAGUCUACUCUUCUUAAGCUUAUGGGUGGAGAGUUGAACCCCACCGCUGGUCGUGUUCAACACCACAGCGCUCUUAAGCUCGGAAAGUACUCUCAGCACUCUAACGAUCAACUCGACAUGGAGCUCAGUCCUAUUGAUUACAUGAAGAAGAAGUUCGCCUCUGUCAGCACAGAAACCGAUUUCUGGCGUCGUCAAAUCGGUCGAUAUGGUUUGACUGGUGCCCACCAAACUUCUCCCAUCGCCAACUUGUCCGAUGGUCUUAAGUCUCGUCUCGUCUUCGCUGAACUCGCUAUGGCUCAUCCUCACAUUAUCUUGUUGGACGAACCUACUAACCAUUUGGAUAUGGAGUCCAUUGACAGUUUAGCUGAUGCUAUCAAGCGAUUCAACGGUGGUGUUGUUUUGGUUUCUCACGAUUUCCGUCUUAUUUCCCAAGUUGCCAGAGAAAUCUGGCGUUGUGAGAACGGAAAGGUUGAUCCCUUCCAAGGCAGUAUCCAGGAAUACAAGGAAACUCUCCGCAAGAACGUCAAGUUGUAAGUUUAGGACUAUCCCCAAAAAAAAUCCCAGUUUCAUUCCAGCGACAACCCCUUUUUUGCCUACACCCACCAUCUUUUCUUUCUUUCUUCUUAUGCCAGCUGGCUUAUUCAACCUAUUGUUCAUUCCCAAAUUUUGUUUCUUUCUUUCUUUGCGACUUUUGUACAAUUUGAUAGACUUUUCCAUG